AUGAAGCCUGUCCUCUACCUCCCCUACCCCACUGUCCGCUUUGUCGGAGUUUCGAAACUCCGUUUCCUAAACGGAGGAAUCAUUUUCUUCGUCUUCUUCCAAUUCACUUCCUUCACCGGCUGGUCUAUCGUCGAGCUCUUCUACUAUCGAUUCCGACUGAUUGCCAACACGAAAUUGUGCUCUGACUGGGUUCUGGAAUGGGCAAAAGUGAUUCGAGCCGCCAGAGUGAUUCUGAUGAUAUUGACGACGUCCACGACGGUUUUCAUGACGCUCUGUCUGCAGGGAUUGUUCGAUCAGCCUAUGUACAAGAAGAGAUUGGAGGUUCAAAGGUUUGAAGUUCUAAGAAACCGAUGUUUUUCAGAUUAUUGAUCGUUUCCCAGAGCUCAUGUGCAGCUCAGCCAUCGUGCUCCCGAAAACUUCCGAUUCUGGCAUCAAGCCCAUUCACCUCUUCAACAGUUCCGUACUCAUUUACAUCAUCGUCGGCGUCUUUCUCGUGUCUUCUAUGGGCUUCGUAUCUUUAUGGGCUCUUCGAGAAAUCGUCCUUCACGCCAGAACUUCAAUGAAGACGAUCUCAAUGCACAGGGCGUUCCUCAUCAGUUUAUUCUGUCAAAUCGGAGUUCACGGCUUCAUGCUGGGCUUUCCUAUGAUUGUCUACAUCGUCUCCGUUUGUUUUCAUGUGGAUGAAAACGGUAAAGUACUCUCUAGAAUGCGUUUCUAAUACUUAUUCAGAUGUCGGUUACGUGGCAAUCGUGAUAGCGUCGCUUCACGGAGCAAUGAGCACACUCUCAAUGAUCCUCUUCAACCGCCCGUUAUGCGAGGUGGCAAAGUCCAAACUAUUGGGCGUCUUUCGCUCGAACAAUGUGUUCAUUCAUGACAUUUCAUUCAUUUCAACGCUCCGAUCGUCAUAA